AACUGGCAAAAGAAUACAAACAAUCCGGUUUGGAAGCCGGGGGCGUGCGGCACUUGUAGCAGCGAGCCAGCUGUUCCCGGUACACGAUCCCUGGGAACUGCGAGCAUGCCUGUGGUUUACCCCUUUCUACAGUUCCGGGGAUUUCCCACGUUGUUCGGAGAAGUGAGGGAUACGAAUGUUACCUUUGUUAUUGACACUUCGGAAAGUAUGCAAGCUCAUCUCAGUACAGUCAAAUGUCACCUUGUGGAAACGCUUCUGGCUAUGGCUUAUAGUACAAACUGCGGGCUCUUUAACAUUGUGGAAUUCUCAAAUAAGGUUACCAAAUGGUGUGACCGCCUAGUAGCAUGCUCUUCUCAGACAAUCUACAAUGCAAUACAAUGGGUUCAAUCCCUCUACUGCACACAGGGAAGGAAUCUCCUUGGCGCAUUGACUGCUGCAUUUCAUGAUCCAACAUGUGAGGCCAUUUACCUGGUGACAAAUGGCUUACCUGACAAUCCAUUAAAGGAUGUUUUUCAUGUGGUACCUUAUAUUUCACAUGGUCGUCCAGUGCACAUUUUCUAUUUAUCAGAUAAAUGGGUAGACAGUGAAUGCCAAGACUUUCUGCAGAGAAUUGGUGGACUUACCCAAGGCAGUGCUCACCUCAUUAGACUCAACACCUCUGGAGAUAUCAAACAGGUGAUUUGUAUUUAUGCAACAGGCCUCACAACCUCUGGGCCCUUGUAUCCUGAUCUAAAGUACUGCACUGUAAAAAGAAUGCCGGAUAACAACGCGUACACUGGCUCAUGGGUAACAGGUUGUGACCUAAAAGCCUUUGAAACUCAUCCAGUCUGUGUUUGCGACCCUCAGGUGACUACUUGUAUCUGCAAAUGUAUUGAUCCAUGGGCCAGACCUCUUGCAUCAAGUCAAUUAAUUCUUGGAGCCUCUGUCCUAGCAAGGCGAGAGUCUGAUGGAUUCUAUUACCGCGGCACAAUCAAGCAAGAAGCAGAGGUAAGGAAAGGGUUGUUCCUGGUUGAGUUUGACAAAUCUGCUAAAGAUCCUAGUGAGAAGUGGCAAGUCUCUGUGCAGAAGACUGCACUGCAUGAUAUAAUUCUGUACAAUGAGGCCAUGAGGCAUUCUGUGCUCUCAGGUGAUAAGGUACUAGCACCUUGGGAACCAGAUGAAGCCAGAUAUGGCCCUGGAACAGUGGCAUUUGGCAUUGAGACCAGAGAUCCACUACAAGUAAUGGAAGAUGAUGAUCUCUCUAUUAAAUUCUGGAAUGGAAAAACAGUCAAAGUUUCCAAAAAUGUGGCAAUGUGGAUCCCAUCUGCUUUGUACGAAAGAGUGCAGCAAGAGCUGCUUACUCCUGUAUCAGCCAGACGGCUUCAUUGUGAAGAAUUGAAUUCCUGCAAUGACGUUUGUCCACGCCAGCCUCAGACUGUGCUGGUUCACCCAAGCCACUUUCAACCAACAUACAUCAAGUCUGGGUAUUCAGUUCUCCCUGACCUGGACCCGUAUAAUAAUUUCUGCCAUGGGUUUUAUUGUGGCUUCCAUGGUUUGCCAUCUCAUUCUGUGUGUUACUGUUUUCCACAAAUGAUUUCUCCAAUUGGAUGGUGGCCUGUAAUUCCAAGAUCCACUGAAUCAACAGCAAUUGACAUCGAGGAGUUGGACAAGAAAAUUACUUCGCAGCUUCAGGAAUUAGAUGUUCCUAAAUCUCAAAAUCUCGAUGAAAACAUACUUUCUUCGUCAUCUUCUUCAUCAUCUGAAGGUUCUGAUAACAGCCCAGCGUUAAUUGUCAGCAAGCCUACUUUGGAAGACAGGACAGUGAAUACAGAUUUUAAACUGUUGGAAAAACCAAGGACCCAAGUAGAGGACAGGCCAAAAUGGAAAUAUUGGAGUCAGACCCACCAAGAGCCACAUCGAAAGAAACCAGGAACAUCUUCUUCAAGUCUAUUAAAGAGCUUUUCUAACUCCAGUCAGCUGAAUUCUUCCGUGGAGCUGCAGAACUUCGGACCAACAAAUUGCACAGCUGUGUUUGAAAAUGUUGAUUGUACGCAUCCUCUGAACAGAAUCACAAUGAAACAGGUUCUAACAUAUCAAGAUCAUGAAAUCACGUCAGCAACCAGGGCCCAGCCUCCACCAAUUCAGGAGCGCCUAGGAGAGAAACAGUUGUCACAAGACUGCCAACAUGAGAAAGCAGUUCAAAGAUCAAGAAAGAAAAAGCUACAAAUGCGUCAAUGGGAAAGAGAGAGAGAACAGCAAAAUGAAGACAAUCAUCAACAUAUUCAAGAACAACGCAGGAAGAAAGUAAUUCAGCGUUUGGAGAAUAAUUUCAAAAUGGUAGCAGAAUGUGAGCACAAGCUGGAAGAAACAAACAGAGCAAAGCAACAUUUACAGCAGAAGAUCCAAACCAGGAUCCAGUCAAUAGCCUCAGAGGACAAGGAGAGAGAAGCUCGCCGAUUGGCAUACCACCAGCAAGUGACAGCGAGGAAGAAUUUGUCAGAGGCAGAAAAAGUGAAAGCAGAAGAGAUGAAAGAAAUCCAGCAGCAGGAGGCUAGAAGGAAGCGAGUGGAAGAUCGCAAUAGAAUUGCAGCAGAAAGAUUUCAUGAAGCAGAGAAACUGACUGAAGAACGAGAGACAGGAAGAAGAAAGAAUCAGUGUGUUUCAUCAUUUUAGACAUAUUUAACCAGGUUCAGUCUUUGUUACCACCACUGUAGCUCAGCUCCUUUUGAGCAUUCCAGAGCCUAAAUGCAUUUGCAAUUCCAAGAACCCAUAAGUAUCUGGGACAAGGCAUAAUGCUUUUUUGUUUCCCAUUUUUAAUUUGGUUUUUUAAAAUUUCUCUAUUCUUCUUUACUCGUCACUUUUUAAAUCUUGUUCCCAAGUUAACCUAACUAUUGUCGCUAUGCACCUUGGUCAGUCCAAACUGCAGAGAGCUAGCAGGGUAUUGCCAUUCUGCUUUGGAUUACAUAAUUAGGAAUAUACUGGAAUCAGAACAUCAAGGGAAUACACCUACAAUUCUUUUAAUUUUAACUGCAACCCCCACACCACCCCACUAUUCAACCCUUAAAAGUUCAGUAUGGAUAAUAGCUACUAGCUUUGUUUUCCUCUUUGGAUUCAUGGCAUGUAGGCUUUGCUGGCUGGUCGGCAUUUUUCCCAAAUUUGGCAGGGCUGGAAGAGGGAGAAGUUGGAGGAACUGAACACUUACAGAUGUGAUGCCAAUCAAGUGGCUUUGUCCUGGACGGGGACACUUUUUCCUUUAUCUACUCUGCCCUCACACUGUUUAUAAAUGGUUCCAAAAAUCUCCCAUCAACCUUCCCUUCUGUCAGAAUAGCAACACAGCUUUGUCUAUUUAACCACGUAAUCAAACUUUCUCUUCUGGGGUCCGUUCUCAUUAAACUGGUGGUUUCAGAAUGAGAUUAAGCUGUACAUCUUUCCUAAAGCAGUUUGCAGAUUUAGACUAAAUUGGCCAGCUGAAGCUGAGUCAGCAUUUUAUGAAGGCUCACCAUAAUUUCCUUGCUUUAUAAACAGAGGCACACAGUUCUAAAGGCCAGAAGCCUGUACACCACCUCAAAACAUUUUCACCCUCUGUCCUUUCAUCUUAACAAUCUGUACACAUAUACCCUAAGUUAAGUUACUCCUUGCCCUUUAGAAUGGUAUCUUACCAAAGUGCAUAACUUCAUAUUUCUGUACGUUAAUUUCAUCUGACUCAUGUCUACCCCUGUCACCUAUCUGUACAUCUGUUUUGAGGAAAGAAUUUGGCAAGGACUCAGGAUAAACAAAAUUGUUUUACCAGCAAUAUCUUUUAUAGACACUCAAUCCCAGUGAAGCAUUGUUCCUAAAUUCCUUUUAAAAAUUGCUUACACAACUGAUGAAUUCAUAAGCAUUUCUUUCUUUUUGCCAUUCACUAGCUGUGAUCCUCUCUUGCCAACUCCUCCUGAAGUCCAUCACUACCCCCAUCAUUCUGUUAGUCAUCUCCAAACUCAAUGCUCCCCUGGUCAACCUUUAUCCACCAUAAACCUAAGCCCAACUAAGAAUCUGUACUUGUCUCUUGAUUGCACAUCAAUUUUUGCUCAUCUAUAAUCUAUCCCUGCUCACCUACACCAAUCCUAAUACCUCAAAUUUAAAAUGUGGAUCCUCAAGUCAAAAUCACUCCAUGGGCUUGAUUCUUCAGAACUAGUACCUCUUCCAGACCUGUAAAUAGUCUUGACCUCACCCUUCUUCUAUUAUGCCUUCUCCAAAGUUCUAUCAUUGACAACCUUUAGGUAUGUGGAUAUGACUCUCUGCUUUAUUUCUGCAUAUAUGUCCAACUCCAUGUCCUUUAAAAAUACUUUAAAUGUUAGUCACAAAAUUUUUGGUCUUAAGUCCUAAUAUAUGUCUUUGAUUCAACAUUCAUUUUUAAUCUUUACCUUUUCUGAAGCAUCCUGGGACAUUUUAUUUUGCAUUAAACACACUAUACAAGUAGUUUGGUCUUGUAAAGUAGAGUUAAAAGGUAUGAAAUGGCACUGAUACAAUGAUAAACGUAAAUCAAAUUUUUAACAAAAAUAUUCCUUUUAUCUGUUAACAGAGCUUUUCAUCUGAAACUUUAUAAAACAGACUGCCAUAAAUCAUGUAAAGACAACAUGCAAUAAUACUGGCAUGCCCAGUUCAAGCCAGUCAUAUAAUGUACACAGACUAUUACAAUAGCUAUCUCAGAUCAAGCGCUUAGAAUAAAAUUGGUAUCAAGUCUCUGGCAAAUACAUUAGAAAAUGGAACCAGUUACCUCACACCCAUACUUGAAAUUCGUAGAAAGGCAGUGCAAUUCCCAUAUUGUGUUAAGAUUCCAAAUGGUAAUGCUGGACAAGUUCUUUUCCAGAGUAAACUCUCACGGUGUACAACGAUGAGAUUUAAAUUUUGCAGUUUGGUUACAAUAGUGAUCAGUGUUCAUUUUCACAAGAGGUUGCUAAUGUACUUUUGAAAAAGGAAACAAAUGGUAUAAGGGCUAAACAGACUAAAUGCAAGGAGAAUACUUCCCUGGUUGUGGAGUCUAGAACCAAGACACAGUCUCAGGAUACAAGGUGGACCAUUUAAAACAGAUUUUUAGAAAAACAAACUUUUCAUUUAAAAGAUAAUGAACCUGUAGAAUUCUCUACCACAGCAGGCUAGGGAGGCCAAAUCACAGAAUACAUUCAAGAAAAAGAAUGAGUUUAGAUUUUAAAGGCAUCAUGAGUUUUAGGAAGAAAGCACAAACAUUAUAUGGAGACUGAAUCUCUCCCAUGAUCUUGCUGAGUGUCAGAGCAGGCCAAACUGCCCAUUCCUGCUCCUAUUUCAUGUUUUGUGGAAAGAAUUUAGCAAGGACUCAGGAUAAACAAAAUUGUUUUACCAGCAAUAUCUUUUAUAGACACUCAAUCCCAGUGAAGCAUUGUUCCUAAAUUCCUUUUAAAAUUGCUUACACAACUGAUGAAUUCAUAAGCAUUUCUUUCUUUUUGCCAUUCACUAGCUGUGAUCCUCUUGCCAACUCUCUGGCUUUUCCCCACCUAAACCCUGAGAAAAGCCAAGGACAAACAGCUUAACCCUUCUUUCUAGUUCUGAUGGCCUGAAAAUAGCCAAAGCUACACUACCAUCUGCUAGGCUAACACUACUGUUCUGAAACCAGCCUACUUUUGGCCUCCCUUUUUCUGGGCAUGAAAGCUCUCAAUUCAACAACGACCAACAGUUAUCAAGUAUUCAUGUACUUAUCCAAAUGUCUUUUAAAUGUUGUAACUGUACCUGCAUCCACGACUUCCUCUGGCAGUUCAUUCCACAUAUGAAACACGCUGUGAGGAAAAGUUGCUCCUCAGUGCCCUUUUAAAUCUCUCUUCUUACCUUAAAAUUAUGCCCUCUAGUUUUGAUCUCCCUAACCAUAGGCAAAAGACCAUUGCUAGUCACCUUAUCUUUGCUCCUCACGAUUUUAUAAACCACUUAGUCCAAGGUCACAAACAACAGCAUAUUAUAAACUUGCAACACAAUUACCUGUCUCUAUGUUUCUCACUAGACAAAAAAGGAAUAUCAAAAUUCAGCAGCCACUGUCACCAUUCCAUUGUAUCACAACAGGCCUUCCUAUCCAAAAUAGAGGUGGUAGGUCUCAGAUAUGUUAACCAACAAUGCAAGAUAUGGAAUCAGAAUGACACACCACCUUAUUUUGAAAAAUACCCUGAACUUGUAAAAAGCUACAAGGUGAGUCAGCAAUGUUUUCUUUGUUUACAAGAUCAACUAGAAGCUGUUGACAGGCCCAGUGGCCAGUCUGGGAACUAGAUUCCAACUAGCUGCACGUCAUCAAGCAGCCAAAGUACUUAACCAGUCCAUGUUGCAAAAUUCAGCUAAAAACCAACCUCCUGGAUAUUUGACUACAAAGGAACUUCACAACCUGCUGUGAACCUUUCAUUUCAACUUAUAACUUUUGAUUCCCUCCAAGAAACCUUAAGCUAUUUUGUAGGAAAAUACACAUCAUAAAUCAGAGACUAAACUAACUGUAUGCUGUAAAGUACAUUAUCUUUAUUUGCAUUCAAUCUGUGUGCUUAUGAGACUAAGUGGAUGAGGCUGAAUUAAUUCCAGGUGUAAUAGGAGAAUAAAUAACCUUUAUUUAAAAUUCAUGAAAGUUGGCUGCUGAUAUUUAAUUGGAAUACACAUUCAAAGAACAGGAAAAUAAGCAUUUUCUCCCCCCAUACAAAACACAGAUUGUGGCAGUAAGAAAAGCACAUUCAAUCCACCUCCGUCACAUUGUGAAAAUGGUUACUAAAACAAAAUAUUGGCCAAGUUUAUUGAAAAUUAAUCACUUAGCUUUUUAAAAGUAUAACAGCUAUAUUAAAACUCAAAAGUUGUCACGUAUGAAGACCAUUAUAUAAAAUACAUUAUAUAAUUCAAAUACAUUCAGUUUUAAAAUUAUUACAUUCAAAUGAAUUAAGCAACAUCACUUCAAAAUGAAUUGCUUCACUCAGUCUUCAAGUGCUAGGACAAAAUAUUUUAAUUGUAAAAGAUGACCAUUGCAUAGAUAUUCAAAAUUCCAAACCCCCCUUAAUGAAAAUAAGUGCAGGGCCAUUGGUGAUUGCCACAAGCCAUCCAACUUUUUAUUGCACAUACUUCAAACAUUAAAGGCAAGAUUGAUCGUCUGAUCUGGACCCAAAUGUAUGACGCGAGUCUGCUGUCUCUCUGACAUUUUGGAUUUUGCUGUCACUGCAUAAGAACCUGGUGCCACUUGAAUAUGAACUUUGUCACUGCAUCUAACCUAUUCGUUUUAAAAAAAAAAGGGAAAUGUUAGCAACAGCAAGUCAUAUUACCACAUUAGUUUGUAUUGUUUUAAAAAACAUCUAAUAUAGCAACUGUCAGCCUUAUUGCUCAUCCUAAUUGAUAUUUGACAAAUUAGCUGUUGUGUAAGGACUACUUGUUAGCCAUUUGUAACCUUGGAUUUCUUGAAUGCAGUUGGCAACAUCAACAUGCAGCGAGAACAUCAAAAAGUUAUAGGCCAUUUUAUGCAACAGAGACUCCAGACACUGAUCAAAAACAAAGCUCCUGCUGCUCAGAGGGUCUGUGCAUAGAGUGGUGUGCAGACGUAUUGACUUCUGGUUCCAGAAGCUGCUGCAAAGUCUGAGAGUGUAUGUAAAGAAAGUGGUCAUGCCAUCAAAAGCAGUGUCAAGAAUUAGAAAGAGAUCAUGGGAACUGCAGAUGCUGGAGAAUUCAAGAUAAUAAAGUGUGAAGCUGGAUGAACACAGCAGGCCAAGCAGCAUCUCAGGAGCACGUCCGUCACAGGCCUCCUGCAGUGCCACAAUGAUGCCACCCCAAGGUUGCAGGAACAGCAACUCAUAUUCCGCUUGGGAAUCCUGCAGCCCAAUGGUAUCAAUGUGGACUUCACCAGCUGAAAAAAUCUCCCCUUCCCCCACCGCAUCCCAAAACCAGCCCAGUUCGUCCCCUCCCCCACUGCAUCCCAAAACUAGCCCAGCCUGUCUCUGCCUCCCUAACCCGUUCUUCCUCUCACCCAUCCCUUCCUCCCACCUCAAGCUGCACCUCCAUUUUGUACCUACUAACCUCAUCCCACCCCCUUGACCUGUCCGUCUUCCCUGGACUGACCUACUCCUCCCUACCUCCCCACCUAUACUCCUCUCCACCUAUCUUCUUUUCUCUCCAUCUUCAGUCCGCCUCCCCCUCUCUCCCUAUUUAUUCCAGAACCCUCUCCCCAUCCCCCUCUCUGAUGAAGGGUCCAGGCCCGAAACGUCAGCUUUUGUGCUCCCGAGAUGCUGCUUGGCCUGUUGUGUUCAUCCAGCUUCACACUUUAUCAAGAAUUAGAAACUUCCUUUUGCUAACGCCAGCUAUCAAACUAUUUGUGCAUAGGUACAGUGGCAUGCAGUUAAUGACUCACUUAAAAGAACAAACUACCAGAGAAUCGCUGGUAGCAAAACGCACCAAGGGAGAGAUUCACUUUGGACCUAAGCACUUUUAGAAUAUUAGCUCCCCACCCCACCCCCUGAUCAAUAUUACAUCUUUUUACCACCAGCUAAGUGUACAAAAUGAUUAAUUAUGAAUUUACUUAGACUGCCCCUAUCAUAUGUUCCCUUGCCUAUUCUACAUCAAGACCUAUCACUCACAGGAGCUUUGGUGAUUGAUGGUCCCAUGUGAUAUCGACGAAUAUGGUUUUCUUCCAAUCUGUCUCUUUCAUUCAGUGGUACAUCCUUAUAGUAGUGCUACAAGAUAAAAGCCACAGUGAUAUGAUUACCAAAUGUUAAUCAUACUCAGACUUCAUUCAUACCUUUAUAACUUGAAAUGAGCUAUUUCACCACAGUUUGAGUGAUACAUCAAGUUGCAAAACAUUACCUCUUGGGAUUGUGCACCAUGUAUUUUCUGCCAGUAGUUCAAUGUUAUUUCACAGUGCUGUUAUACUCAAGACAACAAUUUCAGGUUAUAUAAGCAAGUAUUAAAAAGUUGGCAGAGCUGCAUUUUACUGAAGAUUUGUCACUGACCAGUUAAAGUUUUGACAGUUUUUAUCAAAUUCAUCUCAUGUCUACUAAAAUGCUGGUUAAAUGCCAUUACUACUGAAGAUAGCUACAAAGCAGCAAAUCUUUUGUUCAGAUUAAAAGUAUUGUUAAGUAAUCAAUUCAAAAGAGAAUUUCACCUCUGACAUAAAUCUAAUACAAAAUUGGCCGAGUUGGGCUUGGGGUACUUGUCAAUAUCAGAUUUGACCAAGUUGAUUUCCAAAUAAUAACCAUGGCUAAUAUAAAAUGAAUUAAGUGUGUGCAAAAUACAUUGUGUAACUGGUCUAAAAACUGCAGUACACCAUCUCACCAGAAAGGGAGUAUACUUAAGUUUGUAGAAAGAAAUAAAGUAAAAUCAAAAGUCAGUUUUUAGCCUUAGCUUCUGUUUUUUUUUGGAUUUUUUCCAUAGGAUGUGAGCGCCUUGUUAGCCAGGUCAGCAUUUAUUGCCAAUUCCUAAUUGCCUAGAGGGCAGUUAAGAAUAAAGAACAAUGAAAAUUACAGCAUAGGAACAGGCCCUUCAGCCAGCCAAGCCUGCGCCAAUCUGGAUCUUCUAUCUAAACCUGUUGCCUAUUUUCCAAGGAUCUGUAUCGCUCUGCUCCCUACUAUUCACAUAUCCGUCUAGACACAUCUUAAAUGACUAUUAUGUCUGCCUCUACCACCUCUGCUGGCAACACGUUCCAGGCACCCACCACCCUCUACAUAAAGAAAUUUCCACACAUCUCCCUUAAACUUUUCUCCCGUCAUCCUAGCAAUUGAGUCCCCCACUCUGGGGGGAAAAGCUUUUUGCUAUCCACCGUCUAUAACGCUCAUGAUUUUGUAGACCUCAAUCAGGUCCCCCCUCAACCUCAGUCUUUCUAAAGUAAAUUACCCUAAUCUACUCAACCUCUCUUCAUAGCUAGUGCCCUCCAUACCAGGCAACAUCCUGGUGAAUCCCCUAUGCACCCUCUCCAAAGUCAUCCACAUUCUUUGGGCAAUGUGGCAACCAGAACUGUACGCGGUAUUCCAAGUGUGGUUGAACCAAAGUCUUCUACAACUGUAACAUGACCUGUGAACUCUUGUACUCAAUACCCCGUCCGAUGAUUGAAAGCAUGCCAUAUGCCUUCUUGACCACUAUUAACCUGCAUGGCCAUUCAGGGCGCAACAGACCUGAACACCCAGAUCUCUCUGUGCAUCAGAGUCUGCCAUAUUGCUGUGGGUCUGGAGUCAAGUGUAGGCCAGACCAGGGAAGGGCAGCGGUUUCCUUCAUAAGAAGGAUAUUAAUGAACAAGGUGGGUUUUCUUGCCCAAAAUUGACUAAGAAUUCAUGAUCAUUGUUCUUAAUUCCAGAUCCCCAGAACAUUAAUAGACUAGUGAAAACACCACUAGGCCAACUACUCCCCUUAAUACAGUCACAUGUUGAUCACAUGAUACUCAAGAAAAUUUUACUCCUUCCACUGUGUGUGGGGGUCAAUAGCAAGGUCAGUAUUGUUGCCAAGCCCAACUGAUCUUGAAUUGCUGAUGAGCCACCUUCUUGAAAUGCUGCAAUCCAUGUGGUAUAGGUACAACCACAACAAAAUUAGGGAUACUGUAAUAUUUACACAAUGUAAUACAGCUAGGACUUAACCCUCGAGAACUUCUGCAGUGAUGCCCUGGUAUGAGAUACUGGCCUCAAAACAACAACCAUCUUCCCAGCAUCAGGUACAUUAGUGACCCAAAACAGCGCACCCCAAAGUGAUACCACUGUUUGUUUAAAGCAUCAAAAACAAAACCCAGGGAAUAUCAUUUAAAUAACAGUGUGGGAAAAAAAAUUGAUUUUAGAUUAUCUGAAUUGCUGAGAAAACAAGAGAUAGUUGAGCAACUCCUGACACAAGUGAUCUUUCAACAGUAAUUAUUAACUUUAAAUUUACACCAGGACCUAAUUAGCACUCGACUUAGAGCACCUACCCAAAAGGCAGACUUGAAGACUAUCCUUAUAGAAACAGUGCAGGUCAACAUUUAAAACCGUGCUCAGGCCCAGACUACAACCAUCACCAGCAAUGGCGACUCAUUUAAAAUAUCAGCGGGACUGAGAAAUGUAGGAGAUUAAAGAGACGUAAAGGAUUGGGGCCACAGUAAGAUCAGAAACUUAGAAUCAAUGUAUUGUUUUAAAGUUAGCCAAUGUAGAUCUCAAAAUAUAGGGGCAAUAGGGAAAGGGCCUUCUGCAAGAUAAGACAUGGACAGUAUAGUUUCAGAUUACCUCAGGUUUAAAGAGGGUAGAGGGUGGGAGACUAGUCAGAAAUGCGUAAAUGUAUAAACUAGAGGUAAGAAAGAAAUGAAGGAGGGGUUCACCAGCAGAUAAGUCAAGGCAAUGUGAAAUUGGGUAAUAUUCAUUAUGUGGAAACAGUGCUUAGUAAUGGCACGUUAACAUGGUUGGCAGCUCAUCACAGGAUCAAAUCUGAUACAAAGCUUGUAAAGGUACCAGCUUAAUCUCAGAAUGUUGUCAGAGAAGGGUUUAAGGAUUGACAAGUUAUUCUUAACAUUUGUCCAGUAAUUCUUGAUUCUUUCUCAGCUUCUUGUUCCAUGUAUCGCAGUCUCUAGCGCAAAACACCCAAAGCACUGCACUUAUCUAUCUUGGAUCUCCGUACAAACAAUAAUAGUCAUCAUGACCAUGCUCGUAUUAUAUAAAAGUUCUUGACUUUUGUGUAUCCUGGAUACAUUCCUAACAUUCAUUUCAAUCAAUUUAACUAUACUUAAUUACAUAAACUCUUCCUAUUUUCCAUAACUAGCCCUCAAUAAAUACAAGGGAUAGCUAUUGUGUCAAACCCCAACUUUUGGUUUUUUUUUAAAAACAUAAAGUAAUUACAAGUCCUUUUUUGUUUAUUCUUUAAAAGUCCUGCCUUUACAAAACUGUUAGUCUGCCAAGGUGUACAAUUUUUUGCCAACUGCUUAACUACAUUUCUUCCCAUUAUAAUUUUGUAAUCUGAUAUUUUAAAAAUGGUGGGACCUCGGUGUUAAUUGUAUAAUCGAGUAUUCAAUUGUGUUCAGAUGGUGGGCAAUAUCUAGGGUUUUACUUGUAAAAAGCACAUUGGAUGGUUGGUUUUG